AUGCUGCUCGUCAGACCCGUCAUGAUGCAGCUGCUCCUGCUCUUGCCGCUCCUUGAAAUCCUGCAUGCCUCGAUGGAUCUCCUGCCGCCACUCGUGUCCUUACUCUCUUGCUUCUCGUCGCACCUGUGUGAGGUUGCAGGCAGCAGCAAGAUGGUUACCUUGAGGCUGAUCCCAACCAGCUGCAGAAAAUAUCAACUGCGCACCAGCAGGCCCACGGAGACCAUCACCAAGUUCUUCUCUGUAUCCUCGUCAUUUUCAUUAGGCUCUGUUAUGAGAAACUCGGAGUGCGUCGAGAGUCUCCGCGAGCAUGGCCACUCAUACUGGUGGCGGGCCUCCGGACUAGGCGAACGAGCGGCGGCCAUACAGUGCAUCGUAGGUGGCGGUGAUUGCCCGAAAGCGGCUAUGCCGCUUCCCGGGCGAAUCUUCCCUGGCGAGUCAGGUUGA